UAUAUGUCUUUGUUAGCUACCGGGCCGCUCUCGGUAGAGAUAUACUUUGAACACUACUCUGCCCACGCUAAUACUCGAUCAUGUCUACUCCAGGAUUCCCUAGCCCAAAUCCUUGUCUUUCAUUCUGGUUGCAGGGGGUCCGUUCGUCGCCUCUCAUCGGACAUCGUACCACUGAAACAUUGCCUGCCACGGCAGAUGUCGUGAUUAUCGGUUCAGGUAUCACGGGCGCGUCGACGGCGUACUUUCUCCUCACGGGAGAGAACCCUCCGAAAAGUGUGGUCGUGCUGGAGGCGAGGGAGAUGUGUGAUGGUGCUACCGGGAGAAAUGGCGGUCAUUGCAGGCCAGACUGUUAUCGAGGGUACAGUGGGUAUAAAGCCAGAUUCGGUAAGGAACAGGCUUUGAAGGUGAUUCAGAAUGAGAUGGACAACCUCAACUUGGUGGCCGAACUCAUUGAGAAGGAAAAUAUUGACUGCGAUUGGUGGAGAGGAAAAUCGCUUGACGUCGCCAUGGACCAGGAGUGCGCCGACCAGUUUACCAGCUCGUACAAAGAAUUUCAAGCAGACGGUGGUCCUAUUGAUGGCAUCGUCGACUGGUAUCCUGAUCCAGCAGAAGCGAAACGUCUCUCUAGAAUCCCCGAAGCCGUUUUAGUAGCCGCGUUCCCGUCCGCUUCGCUCUACCCCUACAAACUGGUCGCACAUCUUUUCACUCAGUGUAUCGAGAAAUACGGUCUCAACCUUCAGACAUCUACCCCGGCCACGGCGGUGAACCCAGCUCCGAACGGGAGGUGGAUCAUCGAGACCCCGCGAGGAAUUAUCGCAGCAAACAAGGUGGUAUACGCGACCAACGCGUUUACGGCUACGCUACUACCAGAGUUCAUUGGGGGCAUCAUCCCCAUCCGCGGGCAAUGCUCAGCCAUUAUCCCUACCAAGGCGUACUCAGGCAAGAAUAUGCUCAUACAUACGUGUGCGUAUCAGUGGGGACAUGGUGGAUACGACUAUAUGAUCCAGCGUCCCAAGGAUGGUAUUAUCAUCAUCGGUGGCGGCAGGUUCAAAGUACCCGACUCGGUUAUUGUGGGGCAGACGGACGACAGCGUCAAGGUUCCGGAGAUUACUGAGCAUCUGAAGACUGCCAUGCCGACGUACUUUGAAAACUGGGGAACGGAAGCGGUGGGUGAGGGUCUCUUACAUGACUGGACAGGGACUAUGGGUUACACUCCGAAAAUGGUCCCAUUCGUCGGCGAACUACACGACAAACCUGGCGCGUUCAUCUGUGCGGGUCAUGCAGGCCAUGGAAUGGCGCGUAUACCUGCAUGUGCCAAAGGUCUCGCGGCUCUGAUACAAGGAGAACCUUGGGAGAAGACCAAAAUUCCCGAAUGUUUCCAACCCACCCCAGAACGAUUAGCCAGAUUUCAGGCGUGACGACCGGAGAAGAAUAAUCAUUACUCAGUAUAAAUGUAUAACUAAGCUUGAUAAGUGUAUGAAUAAUAAAGCGUAUCUAUAAUACGAAAGCAUGUUUCUAUCUGAUUAGCCCGCCGCCGGCAAUUCGUCUAAGU